AUGUCAGACACAAGAGCAGAAGCAGCGCAGGAGAUGGUAGAAGCAGGUCUGCAGACGGGAAUGGAGGAUACUCUUGGCGCCUCUCUUUCCGGCUCAUUCGCCCCUCCUCCUUCCGCGCAUCCCCAUCACCCCGCUACAGAGGUUGGGACCACCCAGGCCUCCGGCGCAUCUGCUCCUGAGCCCGAAGCCGAGUCUACGCCCGUACCAGGAAUGGACGACUGGAAGCCUACAUACGACGCCUACGUGAAGGACUGGCAGCACGAGGCCGACAUCGCGCGGGAGAAGGCACUAAAGAACCGCAAGUUCUACGAGGACGAGGCAGAGGCGAAAGAGAAGGCCAAGAAGGACGAGGAGGCGUUGAAGAAGCGGAGGGAGAGGGAGGAGAAGCGAGCGGAGGAAGGGAGGGAGAGGCUCAGGCGGGAAUUGGCGGGUGAGGUGAAGCCCGCGGGGGGUGGAGUGGGGAGGAGUAAGGAGAAGACUAAGGGAGAGAAGGUCAAGGAGGCUUGGGAGAUGGUUAAGGCUUCGGAAGGGAAGGAGGCAGGCGAGGGGAAGGAGGUGGUCGCGGAUGGAAGGGGGGUAAUGCCGCAGGAUGUCCGGGCGGGACAGGCUGUCAACGACGGCGAAGCCAGGUCGAAGAUCCAGCAGACAAUGUACGACCCCACAACCUCCACCGAGCCCAUGCCACCAUCCAUGAAGUCCUCCCCGCCCUCUGGACCUUCUUCCAACCCUACCGAAUCGCAAGCGGCCUCCCGGCACUCGGCGACUUCGCAGGCAUGGGAAGAAGUUUCUCGCCCUGGUACGUCCUCCGAGGAUCUCUCGCCGAGCGGAAGCGGAUCCACCUCGUCCGCAUUCGACAGCGCCACGCAGUUUUCAAACGCCAACUUGCCAGAAGUCUCUGGAAACUCUGGAAACUCUGGCACAUACGGAGAGCCCGGUCAGACGGACAAGGUGCCCCACCCUCUCGACGCAGCCAAGAACAGAGCGUCUUCCCGUUCGUCCCUCGUCCCCACCUCUGGCGGCACUGCGUCCGGUCCCAACGGCAGCGGCAACGGGAACGGGAACGGGAACGCCCCACCCACCCAACCCCCAUCCCUGACUCUAUCCCUUUUCACCGCCCCCUCCAACCUGUCCCUCACCCGCGUGAUCGCCGUACUUGGCAUCAACCUCGUACUGCCCUUCAUCAACGGUGUGAUGUUGGGCUUUGGAGAGAUCUUUGCAAGGGAGGCGGUCAAGGUUGGGGGAAUGAUCUUUAGGGGGGAGAGGAGGUUUAUGGGCUGGGGCCGCGGAGCGGACGAUGGGCAGGGGAGACGGAGGGGCGUCGAGGGGGUGGGAUUGAGUGGGAGUGGGGGGUUCCCGUAG